AUGCAUGGAUUAGUCGAGCAAUUUCUGAAGCUGCGACCCCCAAAAUUUGCUGGAAUCGAAGAUUCUGAAGAGGCGGAAUCCUGGAUAGAUGAAUUACAAAAGGCAUUUGAACUUCUGGGAUGUUUCGAGGAAGAGAAAGUCACCUUAGCAGCCUAUCAACUGCAAGGAAAUGCCAGCUAUUGGUGGAAGGCGACUAAGGAAACCGCGUUCCUAGGGAAUGCUACUGUGAAUUGGAAUGCUUUCGUUGAGGCAUUCAACGGGAUGUAUUUCUCCGAGUGUGCUCGUGAUCGGAAGAUAAAAGAAUUUCUGCAACCCCAGCAGGGAAAUAUGACGGUGGACCAGUAUGAAGUAAGGUUCGCUCAGUUAUCGAGGUACACCCCGAGACUCAUUGAAAAUCUAGUUGACAAGGCAAAACGAUUCCGUGAUGGUCUCAAACCUGACAUCCGGAGUCAGUUAGUACCUCUGAACUUGAAAGAUUAUAACAAAUUAUAUGAACGAGCUCAACUGAUUGAGAAAGAUUUGCUGAAGAGGGCGACUCCGACAAGACCUUAUUAUUCUACUCCCCGAAUGGAUCAACGUUCGGGCAAGAGGCCAGUGACAAGGGGAAAACGUCCAUUUGUUUCCAACAAGAAGCGAAAUUUCCAGCAGCCAAUCAAUAUUUCUGGCAAUACUUGUUCUGUUUGCGGAAGACAGCAUGGCGAUGCCCCGUGCCCAAUUCGUACGGGAGCAUGCUUCAAGUAUGGCCAACAAGGUCACAUGGUCAGGGACUGUCCGCAACGGCGAAAGAAUAUACCUUCACAGCAAAGACAGGCGACAUCAUCGACUGGAGUUCAACCUCGUGCUAACAACGGCGAUCAUCCUCCGGCAUAA